CACUUUGAGCUCAUUAUAUUGCAGCCUUGCUGUUCUGAAACACGGCGCCACUUCCUACUCAUUAGGACUCGAACACAAGUCAGCACUUCCACUGCUUUCAGUUGGAGUUCUUCCUCACAUGGAAAUGGACUCCCGGAUUGAAGUCCAGAAGUCUCGAGAGGCGAGCAGAGAUGAUCUGAUAUCUGACCGAACCGGGUCUUUGGGAUGCGUCGGCUGGUUCAUCGUCAUCAUCUCUGGCAUCUUUGCCGUCAUCCUCUUUCCCAUAACGAUCUGGUUUUGCUUGAAGAUUGUUCAGGAGUAUGAGCGCGCCGUGAUCUUCAGACUGGGUCGCAUCACUGACAGGAAGGCUAAAGGACCAGGAAUUUUCUUCAUUUUGCCGUGCACCGAUUCUUUUGUCAAAGUUGAUUUGCGAACAGUUUCCUUUGACAUCCCGCCACAAGAGAUCCUGACCAAGGAUUCGGUCACAGUUUGUGUGGACGGCGUAGUGUACUUCAGAGUCAGUGACCCCAUCGCGUCCGUGGCCAAUGUGUCUAAUGCCGACUUUUCCACCCGGCUGCUGGCGCAAACCACCCUCAGGAACGUGCUGGGAACGAAGAACCUCGCCGAGGUCCUGUCUGAUCGGGAAGGCAUCGCCCACAGCAUGCAGUCCAGCCUGGAUGAGGCCACCGACAACUGGGGCAUCAAGGUGGAGCGCGUGGAGAUCAAAGAUGUGAAGCUUCCCACUCAGCUGCAGAGAGCCAUGGCCGCCGAAGCCGAGGCUGCACGAGAGGCCAGAGCCAAGGUGAUCGCAGCAGAGGGCGAGAUGAACGCGUCCCGCGCCCUGAAGGAGGCCUCCCUGGUGAUCGCAGAGUCUCCGUCCGCCCUGCAGCUCCGCUACCUGCAGACCCUCAACACCAUCGCAGCAGAGAAGAACUCCACCAUCAUCUUCCCCCUGCCCAUGGACGUCUUGUCUCAUUUCAUGCGCAAGUGAAGCUUUCAGUCUGUUGAUCAGGAAGAGGAGCAGAUUCACAUUCAUUCACCACCCGCUAUAAGCUAAUGUAUUGUUUUUUUAAGCAACAUGGUUUUGAAAGCCAAACUGUAAUUCAACUGCAUCUGCUAGCAAAUGUGAUCUGAAUUGGAAUUGCUGUGAAUAUGUGUUCCUACUGUGAGAUGAUUUGAGUCAUGCAUGCUGUUAAGCUGUGAAGUAUUUAGUAAUCUUUUGCGUAAGCUUAAAAUGUUUACAUGUAAUUUCCUGAUUACAUGUUGCUUUUUCUUUUAUUUUUGAAUUAUCAACAUUUUAAAAUAAAUUAUUAUUUUGUUACUUCACAGACGAGUGUUUGCAAUUAAAUAAUCACAUU